AUGGAGGAUCGCUACGUCACGAAAGCCAAUGUGGAACUGAAGACGGUAGCUGAGAUGCGCUUGGACGGCUUGCGACAGAACCAGAUGGGAGCUGCGUCAAAAUCCCAAUUUGUCUCAGAUUUUCAAACCCGUGCCGCCGCGAUGCGCAAGUCAGCGCGCAGAACACUCGCUUCCCGAAGCGGAGCCUUGAUGGCACGACGCGGUAGGCCGUCGUCCAUAAAAACAACUGCGGAGGAUGCAGGACGAAAACGCAGCAGCAGCCUCGAUAGUAUUAAGGAGCAUAGCGGGGAAAACACCUCGGGCAUUUUGGGGAGCUCAAGCACGUCGACUUCCGAAGACAGUGACGACGACUCGACCGAAAGCGCUCCCUUACCAGAUGAGAAAGCGUCCUUUAUGGGUGGUCUGCGACAACGAGGGGAGGCACUGGCAGUGCCAGCGCAGAACACUUCAUCAACUCUGUAUUCGUCAUCAUCUGCGUCGGCUACAACAAGAUCACAAAACUUUUCUGCGCAACUUCAAGUUCCUACACCUACUUCUUCUAAACUACUGGAUAAAAAAGGCACGGCCGCAGCAAAGCACAAAAUUAGCGGCGCAUUAGAUGCGAAGAUCGCUGAAGAAAAUGAGAGGAAUAACCCUAGCGCCGAAGGAGUACUUGUAGAAGAGAAGCUGAAGCAGCAUGUAGGACCAUCAACAUCAAAUUCAAAAGUAAGUUUUAAGUUGACGACGACUGAGC